AAACAUUAUUACUACCGGUUUACUUCCGGGUACUAGCAUGCUACUCGUAGCUGUGUACAGAUGAAAGAUGGGAAAAGAUGAUUUUAGAUGUAUUGAAUGUAACGAAAAAGCAGCGGAACUCCACAGGGAUUACAGCAACGGGAUCCUGAAGAUAACAAUAUGUGAGUCCUGCCAGAAGCCAGUGGACAAGUACAUUGAAUAUGACCCAGUCAUCAUCCUCAUCGAUGCCAUUUUGUGCAAGACACAGGCUUUCAGGCACAUUUUGUUCAACACAAGACUAAAUAUCCACUGGAAGCUGUGUGUGUUUUGCCUGCUGUGUGAGGCCUACCUCAGGUGGUCCAUGCUCCAUGGCUCCGAGCAGAGCAGUGACCCUGCUGAUAUAAUCAGAUACACAAAGGAAUGGGAAUUCUACGGCAUGUUUGGAUUGGCUGCUCUUGAGCUGUCAGCUUUCUGUGGCGGAGUGCUGUGUUUCCUUUGGGUGGUGGUCUGCUGCCUGCAGGGUGGGACCAUGGAGCUCUGCCUGCUCCUCAGAGCCCUGCUGUUGUCGUGCUACGGCAAAGUCCUCCUCAUCCCCGCUGUCAUCUGGGAGCACGAUUACUCCCCGCUCUGCCUGGGCCUCAUCAAACUAUUUGUGCUCACCUCAAAUUCACAGGCGAUCAGAGUGAUCCUGAACAGCAGCAGACGUCUGUCGCUGAUGGCCGUUUGUGUAGGCCUGCUGUCGGAGACCUGCGUGGCUCAGGCUUGUAAGAAGCUUUCAUGGAGCAUCCAGGACAUGUUGACAUUUUAAUGAGAUGGAAGUGUCACCUGUCUCAGGGAGGAAUGAGUGACCACCAUCAUGGACUUUCUACACAUGGGAUUCAAGUUGAAGUUCCUUUCAACUGUUUUGCUUUUGCUGGCUGCUAAUGCCAGCCAUGUGUUCUGUGUUUAUUUAAAGGUAUGAAACACAUCUCCUCCUGUGUGCUAGAAACCUGACUGACGCUGCAUGAAAAAAGGCCAGAUCUGUGUUGAGUUUAUGUGAUACAACACGAGAGACUGAGAAUUUGUGCUCCCCGUAGAGGAAAAGAGACAUCUUCAUAUAGGAGGAAUGUUUUCAUUUGGUUUUAAUAUGGAUAACCUGGGGUUCAUCGUGCAAAAAAAGUCACAGAGGGAGACGAAUGUCACACAGACAUCUCCUCAUCCAAGCUCCUGUUAAACAUGCUCCAGUUCCUGAGCCACUCUUGAGGAAUGACACAAACACAGACCCCGAGGUUGUAAUUUGACAACAGCUACUUCUCUGUUUGUACACGCAGCAGUCCUCACAUUCCUGAGCUAAUUGGUGAACUGUUUGCCAAAAUUAACCUAAACACACAUAUGGGAAUGUAUAGGAACAGGGUGACUUUGCAGGUAUUUAUUGCAGCGUUACUGAUGAGAGAACUGCUCAUGUAGUUCCAACUAAGAUCCAGUAUUUUGUUUUGAUGACGUUAUUGGGAUUUUUGUCAUAAUUGACUAGUAUAGCAAAUAUUUUUAAUGGUGUUUUUUAAAUAGCUAUAUUGAAAAUGCCUUUCAUGUGAUGAUGUGAGUGAUCUGAUCAACACUCCAAUGUCCCCAAAUAAUCAUUUAAAAACAAUACUAGAAGCGAAUCUUACACUUUUGUGAGAACAGAGCCGGUGUAAUUGCAUUUUAAAAUAUGUGUCAUUGAAUUUAAAUGCACAAUGUUUGAAUCAUGUGGCUUUGACGCACAGAAUGUGAAAUCCUCAAAGAUUAAGCUGCAGGAGAUCGCUGCUAUCACAUGUGUGAUGUGAAAUGAUGAUAAAAACAUGUUGACCAGCUGCAGUUGGAACGCUCCACAAAACCUCCGCCUACUGUCGCUGGAAUGUGUCUGGAAAUAAACACAGACACAUUCCAGACACAUUGUGUGUUCUGUUGAUAAAUCAAUAGAACAAACUGUGAAAUCAGAUGGAGCACCUGUGAACUGAGUGGACUUUAUUCAGCACACUUGCCUACAGUGCGUAAACAUGGAUCUGAAGCUGGGAAAAGCCCUCUGCAAUCAGGCAUUCUUUAGAGAUCCAUCUGUGAGUGUGAGAUGAACGAUGCCUUCUUAUCAAAGUCACAGAUAAUGUGACAGAUAUUCAAUGAUGUAAGGUAAAGAUACGAUUACCACAAACAAAUAUAAUCAGUUUAAUAGCUGCAAAAUAGCUUUUCUCUCCUUUUCGUUUUAGUGCUGUUUGUGUUACUUUACUGAAAGCAGAAGAGGAGACACAACUCUUAGCUGUAUCAUAGACUGUAGAUAGAAGAUGGAUAUAGCCACAGGUUUGUUUGUACUGUGCAUUUUAAAGCUUUAACAUUUUGGGUACUAGUAAAAAAAAUUAGAGUUUCAUUCACCGUGGAUGGAGUGUAUGCCACAGCAAGCCAUAAAACUUAUUCUUCCACUUAAAAAAUUCAGCAGCUUUUUGUAACUUGAACUUUGAUUGUUUGUCAAUAUUAAGGCACAAGCUCCUGUGCUGACCUCACAAGGGGAACUGAAGGCUUAGUUAAAAUAAGGGGUACUGUUUCUUCUUUUUGUCUUAAAAUUCAGUUCAGCACCUAUAAAUUAAUAAUUGUUCAUUUCCAGCUAUUUCAAAGUACUGAGGACAUAUUUUCUCUCUUUGCCUCUCAAACAGUUAUUUAGUUCUUGCACAAAAUUCACAUGACAAAUGCAGAGAUUUAAAAUGUGUAAUUAUUAUGGGUUUAAAUGCACUGGCCAGGUGGAGUCUUUCUGUGGGCUGUUUGAUGUUCUUUCACCGUCUGCGUGGGUACCCUGUCUUCCCCCCACAGUCCACAGACAUGCAGUUAGUGGGGUUAGGUUAGGUGAUGAUUCUACAUUAGGUGUGAAUGGUGGUCUGUCUCUCUUUGUUACCCCUGUGACAGAGUGGCGACCCUUCCAUGGCUUAUCCCGCCUUUCGCCAAAUGAUAGCUGCGACAAUCUCCAGCUCAACCGCAACAUUAAACCCUUUAACAUUUGGCAGGCGCACAGAGUAUGCUCCUGUAAUAAAUCAUGGAGAAUAAACUUGCAGAGCGAGUUUGCCAAACUGUGCACAGGAAACAUCAUGCAGAUACUUUGGUUUUGUACUACAUGUUCUCUGGAGUGUUUGUCAUAUUGGGGUAUAAAAAGACAAAAUAUGCUGUAUUUCACCCAGAGUUUAAUGAGAUAUUUUCACUGUUCGUAUACGUGUUGCUUCUGCACGUGGGCGCUUGUUGUUACAAGCCUCUGAAUAGUUGGGAAGACAGCACACUGAUGUGGAAUGUUUUAAGUGUCCUCACCCAGGGUGGAUCUGUGCUUUAUGAAUGCUGCACCCUAUGCACUACGUCUGCCACGUAAGACAUUCACAAUGUAUCACCUGUCAGCCAGAUGAAUGUAAACACACUGUAGUCUAUACAUUAUUUGCAUGAAAACAGAAGCUCGGGCCUGCUUCUGCUUUCGCCUCAUGACCAAGGUUUGAUC